AUGGAUGCAGUAGCCACGAGUCUGGUGCUAUCAGCCAAGGGAAUGCCCGACCUGGAGGUGCCUGUGGUGCACACUGGAGAGGGCCAAUUGCGCGUCGUGAGCAUUUGGAAGGACAAAGUGGAAGCCAUCGACCAGGGAGACGCUGCAGCCACGUGGUUGGAUGAGUUUAUGGGGGAAGACAAGUGUCACUUUCGUCUCACGCGGGCUCGAGACGGAUACACGCGCCACACCAAGCCAAAAUACGCUCCCGGACACGCGACAAACUUCGCCGACGCGUUCCCAUUCCUCUUGGCGCUGGAGGAAUCAUUAGCGAAAUUCAACACGACACUCGAGACGCCAGUGCCCAUGAAUCGAUUCCGCCCCAACAUUGUGCUCCGAGGAAGUCCGGCGUUUGCGGAUGAGCACUGGAACUGCAUCACAAUUGGUGGCAUUCCUUUCCGUAAUGUGAGACCGUGUGCGCGCUGUGGGAUGCCCAGCGUGAAUCAAGAAACGGGAGAAGUCCAUUUCAAACGCGAACCUUCUCGUGCCAUUGUGCGAGAACGCAACGGUGCAUUGUUGGGCUUCACCGACGGCAAAAAGUUCGAAGGCUACUUUGGAUCCAAUAUGGUUGUGGAGAUCGAGGAGAACACAGCGCCUUUACUGUUGACGCUUGGCGCGAAUGUCAAGGUGCUUACGCUCAAAUCGGAGAUCGUAGCCUAA